AUGCUACCUUUCCUUGCUUUACGCUCAGCAUAUAAUGCUGACGACGACAAUUGGAGAUUCCCAUUCCCAAUCCCAACAAAGUGGGGUCUUUUAAGCUUCGGUGUUGAUGCUAACGAAGAGGAUGAUGAUAACUGGGGCAUUGGCUUUACAUACCACUCACCAUGGGGCAAGUUCUACAUUGGCUACCACAACUCUGCUGAAGAAGAGGAAGAUGAGAACUGGAAGGCUUGGGCUGAAUUAAUGACAGCUAUUGGCAAGUUCCGCCUUGAAUAUCACAACGCCGCCGAAGAAGACGACGAUGACAACAUGAACUUCCGCUGGAAGUGGGGCCCAGUCGACUUCGACCUUGAGCUCAACGAAGACAAGAAGGUCGCAGCUAAGAAGCCAUUCCGCAGAUACCCAAUCAACAAGGCUAUGUUACAGCGCUGGUUGAAGAAGUACUGCCGCAAGUACCCAUGCCCAAAGUUAUAUAAGAAGAAGCUUGCUUUCCCAAAGAAACUUCUUGCUAAGAAGCCAAUUGCUCCAACGAAAAAUUGGAAAGAUCCACCGUUUGUAGCUAAGUUACCGUGGACUACCUAUAAGUAUUCGAAAUAA